AUGGCUUUUGAAGAAAGCUGUGCAGUGUUCUUACCUUUUAUUGAGUUUCUUUCUCAGCGUAAGGAAGCACUUCUUGACGAUCCAUACAAAGGAGAUAUUGAAACGAUCAGGGGGGUCUUCCGUGAAGUUUGUAAUGAUGAGCCAGUGAAAGAAAAAGCUAAAGAUCAAGCAACAUUUCGUGAUUAUCUUGCCGAGUUCAAUGUGGUCUCAGGAUCUGCCCUUGUAUUCAAUUCUGAAACAGACAAACAGCUCAUUUGGAUCAAGGUUGCUAAUAUCUCUAUCUUAAAGGACCGUCUCAAAAAUUCAGAACCAUACUCUGCACUAGACCCGCAAACUGUUGUGAACUGUGAAGUUUCUGCCGAGAAAGGAUUCGACCAUGAUUUUGCUAGGCUCAACAAAAUGUUGGCGAGACCUACAGCAAUGGUAAAGCUCGGGGUCAAAAGAGCACAGCUAAUAACAACACAGAAGCCAUUCUACGAAGUGUGCGAGGUACUGGAUCACAGUCAAACGCUCGCAAACUUGUGCUUGAACUUGAAAUCGAUAGGUCUGGGAUUUAAUGAGCUUCCUUCAAAUGCCAAAAUACACAAGGUGAUCAGCUCGUGUAAAUCUUUGCUCACAAAAGAAGUUUUGGCUUGCGUUAGAAACAAGAUCCAUUUUUUACCUUUAUUGACGAACAACACGGAUCUUUACCUUGGCAACUGCUCAUAUCUAGACACGUGCCAUAAGCUUAAGAACUGCCGUUAUUUACACUUCUACACUUUGAAUCCAUCUCAAGCAAACGUCGAGACCAGUCAACAGAAUCCUCUUCUUGCCAUAGACUAUACUAUUGGAGAAUGUCACGAUACUAUGCUGAGGAAGGAGCUACCCGCGCAGUGGAUCAACUGUGAUGUCAGAUACCUCCCAUUCAGCAUAUUGGGUAAGUUUGCCGCCAUAAUCUCCGAUCCUGCGUGGGAUAUCCACAUGUCACUUCCUUAUGGGACUUGCAAGGAUUCUGAGCUUCUCUCUUUACCCAUGAGAGAGCUCCAGGAUGAGGGUGUCCUCAUGCUUUGGGUGACUGGAAGAUCGAUUGAAAUUGGCCGUAGAGCUUUAGAGCAAUGGGGGUACACUGUUUCAGAUGAAAUGAUUUGGAUCAAAUUAAAUCAAUUGAGAAAAACUAUUGUCACAGGCCGAACUGGACAUUGGCUCAAUCAUUCAAAGGAGCAUUUGCUUGUGGGAGUCAAGGGCAAUCCCGUUUGGCUUAAUAGAAAAAUCGACAUAGAUUUUAUUGUUAGCGGAACGAGAGAGACUCUGAGAAAGCCCGAUGAGCUUUAUGGAAUAGUGGAGAGACUAGUUGGUAUUCAUGCGAGGAAAUUGGAAAUAUUUGGGCGGGACAACAACAUUCGUCCAGGGUGGAUCACCAUCGGAAACCAGUUGACCGGGACUUCCAUCUAUGAAGAAGAAGUGAAGCAAAAGUAUAAUCGGUACCAAUCUGCUUCAAAAAAAAACUAA